AUGUUGAGAUCUUCUAGAGGAGUUGCACCAACACCGCGUGUCGUUAUGAAAGUAUUCCUGCUUCGAAGCUUUCAUAAUGGACCCCUCAGGAGGGUUCAUCCCACAUCGUACUACCAUUCAUUUGUGCGACCUUCCCGGUCCAUGUAUUUGUCCCAAGAACUUAUUCACCAGCUUGCACACCGCAGAUUUGCGUCUUUUUUCCCAAAAGUGCUUGCUCGAGCUGUGAAAGUACCUGCAUACAUCGGUGGUGGAGCAGCAGCUGUGAGCUCCUACGUUGCAUACAAAGUCGAGGAAGCGACCAACUUUUCACACGAGAAGCUCGCACAGCUCAAAGACUUUGCUCACAAUAUCAAAAGCAAGCUAAGCGACGCUUUUGGAAGGCAUGACGACUCAAAUAACGACGGUGGUGGUGGCAAAGAAGAAAACGCCGCUACAGCAGCGCUGCUGGCGUCCAUGAGUGGUGGUGACUCUGGAAGUCCAGGCGCAGGUGGAAAAGACGAAGAUGAAGAUGGUGAAGAAGACGAAGGAGAGGACAACACCGAAUAUGAGAUCUUAAAUUUGACCAAACAGAUGAUCGAAAUACGAGCAAUACUUAACAAGGUGGACUCAUCUUCAGCUAAUCUAACGCUACCAUCAAUUGUAGUGAUAGGCUCACAAUCGUCGGGUAAAUCCUCUGUCCUUGAGUCUAUUGUCGGUAAGGAGUUUCUGCCCAAAGGAUCUAACAUGGUUACAAGAAGGCCAAUUGAGCUGACACUGGUCAAUACCGCUGGCGCGACCGAAACCACCGCAGAUUUCCCCUCACUACGUGCUUAUAACAUCAAGGACUUCAACGAAGUCAAAAGAAUUUUAAUGGAAUUAAACAUGGCAGUACCGUCGAGCGAAGCAGUCUCUGCAGACCCCAUUCAGCUCACAAUCAAAUCGUCGCGUGUUCCGGAUUUGUCUUUGGUUGACUUGCCGGGCUACAUACAAGUGGAAGCGGCAGACCAACCGUUGGAGCUGAAGUCCAAAAUUCGUCAACUGUGUGAGACUUACUUGGCUGAACCAAACAUCAUAUUAGCAAUUUCUGCAGCAGACGUCGAUUUGGCGAACAGUAGUGCUUUGCGUGCUAGUAAAGUUGCUGACCCUAAGGGCACAAGAACAAUCGGUGUUAUUACCAAGUUGGACUUGGUAGACGCGGCACGAGCUCGGGAAAUCUUGAAUAGUAAAAAGUAUCCUCUAAAAAUGGGAUACGUUGGUGUCAUUACAAGAGCACCCACAGCAACUUCCAAGUUUUUCGAGGCCAGUUCCAAGCAGGGGCUUUUCGCUCGCAAAGAUCCAAAAGAGACCGAGGUUGAGCACACCCGCUCGUUCGAACGGAACUAUUUCAGAGAAAACAAAGCUGCUUUUGCCAAUUGCCAGGUUUCCACCAAAAAGUUGAGGGAAAAGCUUAUAAGCAUUCUAGAAUUUUCUAUGUCUGAGGCCCUAGAGCCUACGUCGCGGCUGAUUCACCAGGAGCUCGAUGACACGUCUUAUUUGUUCAAGGUGGAAUUCAACGACCGUCAACUUACUCCUAAGUCGUACCUGCUGAAUAAUGUGGACGUUUUGAAGCUUGCUAUCAAAGAGUUGCAAGAGAAAUUCAAUAGAUAUGAGCUGAAAUCCAUCUUGAAGGCAGAUUUGGAUCAACGUGUGUUAGACCUGCUCGCGACAAGGUACUGGAAAGAUGACAACCUGCAAGACUUGACGGCAAAGAAAACAGAUAAAGAUGAAUCCUCAGCUUUGUACUGGCACAAAAAGUUGGAGCUAUCUUCAGGCAGCCUAACUAAAAUUGGAGUAGGUAGGGUCUCGACAUCUUUAGUGACCAGUGCGAUUUUGAAGGAACUGGAAAACGUCUUGGAUCUGACGCAAUUGAAGAACCACGAUUUGAUCAAGGAAUUAGUGAAUAAUACUGCGGUGAAUGUGCUGAACGCAAAGUACUACUCGACAGCAGACCAAGUUGAAAACUGUAUUAAACCUUUCAAGUAUGAAAUCGACCUUGAGGAGCGCGAUUGGUCCCUGGCACACGAACACACUACAAAGCUGAUCAGAGAGGAAAUUCGACAGUGCAGUGAAAGGCUGCAGGCUAUCAAAAACAUGAUCGGAGGCCGGAAACUAUCGCAGGUAAUGACGUAUUUAAAACAAGAUGUGGGACACCAGGAAACAUUAGGGUUUUCUGCAUUGUUGCUAGAACGGGGGAAAGAAGCUGCGUUUCUGGAGAAGCGAUCGCAUUUGCUAAAUUUUAGGCUGAAGAUGCUAAAGAACAAGUGCCACUCGACUGCAGACAAAGAUCUGUGUCCAGAGGUUUUCUUGAACGCUGUGAGCGACAAACUGACUUCGACCGCGGUUCUGUUUUUGAACGUCGAGCUUCUCAGCGACUUUUUCUACAAUUUCCCGAUCGAGUUGGACCGGAAACUGACAGGACUGUCGGACGAGCAGGUGGAGCUGUUUGCGAAGGAGGAUCCUCGCAUUGCACGCCAUAUCGACCUGCAGAAGCGUAAGGAUCUUUUGGAGCUAGCCCUUGAGCGUAUCGAUUCGAUCUUGAUGUACAAAAGGAGCUACAAAAACGCCAAAGGCUGA